GAAAGUGGGAGGCUACGGAAGGGGUUCCGAAUCCUUGGUGUGCCAACCAUCACCACCCCAGCAGACCUCUCCAGUAACCAGAUCCAAGAAUCGAUUCCGGUCUGUCACUUUAUUACACAGCAGAAGAGAGAGAGGGAAAGGGAAUGCGCCUCGGACGAUGCCUGCUUCCUACCUUACUGCGGUAGCUUCAAGCAUAUGACGACGGUCAAGCACUCAAGGAACUCAAAGCGAGCCCAAGGUGACAUCCGUGGAAAUUCCCAAGAAGUCUGUGGGAACGUCGGAAAAGAAAGUGGCAGAAACAGGGUCUCUCUCAGCUCCGCAACCUCCGGCCCGCAGCGAGGAAGGCGGUCUGGUUUUACAAUACUUCCAUGUCUGCUUUCGGGGUCCUGGGCUGGGUGCCUUACCCACGAUGUUUACCUCAUGGUGGAGGCAAUGGCACGCUGGCACGGCUGGGAAUGGGAACACGGUGCAGCGAAUACAUGCAGAAGCGGAACAGAAGCAACACCCCACCACCGACGCCGGUCCACUCCGGACCCGACGAAUGACAGUUUCGACAAUGGCACCCCCAAAGGCCAAAGACGCAGCCAAGUCCAGCGUCGGGACGCCAGGUCUGUGCCUCGCUACGAUAUCCUUGCUAGCCGCAACAACUAAAACGAGCCUAACGCUCGCCGUGCACACCCUGCUGCCUUUUCCCAGAAUUCGCUCCCGCUCCGGAUGAAUUCACCGUCGCAUGGGUGGGCUGCGCGAGGCACUUGAC